AUGAGGAAAAAGACCACGGAAAAUUUUCGUGAAUAUGCUAUCAGAUGGAGGGAACAAGCUGCUAGGGUUAAACCACCGAUGAAAGAGUCAGAGAUGAUUGACGUUUUUCUCCAGGCGCAAGAACCUGAUUACUUUCACUAUCUGCUUUCUGCCGUAGGGAAGACAUUCGCUGAAGUUAUUAAGGUAGGGGAAAUGGUGGAAAAUGGCAUCAAGUCUGGAAAGAUUGUAAGUCAAGCUGCCUUAAAAGCCACAACACAAGUGCUUCAAAAUGGUUCUGGAAAUAUUGGAGGGAAGAAGAGAAGGGAGGAUGUGGCCACUAUUGUAUCAGCGCCUAGGACUCAUGUUCUAGGUAAUUCCCAACAACACUAUUUUCCUUCCCAAGCUCCACAAUAUUCUGUCCCAUACACUCCAUAUCAUGUCUUUAAUGCACAACCAAUUGCACCCCCUUCUUAUCCACAAUGGCGUUCGCCAACUCCACAAAAUCAUCCACCACCCCCACAAGUUCUUCAAAAUACAAUUAGAAUUCCAUCCCGUCCUAGACCACAAUACAAAAAGGGAAAUGGCGUUAAAGAUGAGUUCACUCCUAUUGGGGUGUCGUAUGCUAGCUUGUUCCAAAAAUUAAGGACGUUGAAUGUUUUGAGUCCUAUUGAGAGAAAGAUGUCGAAUCCUCCCCCGAGAAAUUUGGAUUAUUCUCAACAUUGCGCAUAUUGUUCUAAUGCCCCAGGGCACAACAUAGAGAGAUGUUGGUAUUUGAAAAGGGCCAUUCAGGAUUUGAUCGAUUCUAAUCGAAUUAUAGUUGAAAGUCCGAGUGGACCCAACAUCAAUCAAGAUCCAUUGCCGAGGCAUACUGAAACAAACAUGCUGGAAAUGAUGAAGGGUCAUGAAGAGUUUGCAUCUCCGUAUAAGCCAAUCCUUAGGGUUGGAACUGGCAUUGAGAAGUCAGCAAAUGUUGUUGAUUUAACAAAAAUGAUGCCUUUAGGGGCGGAAAAUGUGUUAGAAAAGUUGAGUCCAUCAAACACACCCAUCUUAACUGUGAAAGGAGCCCUUGAAGAUGUUUGGGCAAGCCCGAGUAAGGCAAAAUCAUUUGUUCCAAAAGGGCCAAUCAAGCCUAUUUUGAUCGUGCGAGGGGCGCAUAUUCCUCCUGUGAUUAUCAGGCCAGUAUCCCAGCUCCCAAUGACUAACCCCAAAGCUGUUCCUUGGAAUUAUGAGCCUACUGUCGUGACAUACAAGGGAAAAGAAGUUGCUGAAGAAAUAGAUGAAGUAGGAGGAAUAACCCGUUCAGGAAGAUGUUAUGUCCCGAUGGAAUUAAGGAAAACUAAAAAUGACCAAAUACAAAUGAAGAGUCCGGUCACUGAAGGAGAGGCAGAGGAAUUCCUAAGGAAGAUGAAACUAUCAGACUACUCCGUGGCUGUAAUGAAAAUUUUGAAUGAAGCACAUGUUCCUAGUAAAGUUACAGUGAGUCAGUUAGAGAAGAUUGCUGGGAGAAUAUUUGAGGUAAACCGCAUCACCUUUUCAGAUGAUGAACUACCCAAAGAAGGUACAGGACAUAACCAAGGCCUACAUAUCACUGUAAAGUGUGAGCUUUCAUAUGUCAUUCGAGUUCUAAUUGAUGGAGGAUCAGGAGCAAAUAUUUGUCCUUUAUCAACUCUACAGAAAUUGAAUGUUAGUGCUGAAAGGGUCCGACCCAACAAUGUAUGUGUUAGAGCUUUUGAUGGGUCAAAAACAGAUGUUAUUGGUGAGAUAGAGCUCGUACUAACCAUAGGGCCUGUGGAUUUCACUGUGAAUUUUCAAGUGUUGGAUAUCAACGCAUCCUACAAUCUAUUGCUGGGGAGGCCAUGGGUGCAUAGGGCUGGAGCAGUCCCCUCAACGUUGCAUCAAAUGAUUAAGUUUGAAUACGACCGACAAGAAGUGAUUGUUCAUGGUGAGGGGGAUUUGUCAUUCUACAAAGAAUCUUCCUCCCCUUUUAUCAAGGCGAAUAAUGAGAAUGAAGCACUGGUUUAUCAAGCUUUUGAGGUAGUGGUUAUUGAGCAUGUCCCCGAGGGGAGUGUCAUUUCAAAACCAAAUAUGCCCAUCGCGUCUGUAAUGGUGGUGAAUGAAUUGGUGAAACAUGGGUUUGAGCCGGGUAAAGGCUUAGGAAUCUGCUUGCAAGGAAGAGCUUAUCCUGUGAGUCUACGAAAGAGCAUCGGUAGUUUUGGCUUAGGCUACCAACCUAGAGUCGAGUACAAAAUGAAGGCAAAGAAGAAGAAGAGAGAUGUAUGGUCACUUACCAAGCCUAUACAACCAAUCUACAAAUCUUUCAUCAAAGCCCGCGCAACAAAAUCUUAUCAAUCAUCUUUUCCAGAGCCAGUGAUGAAAGUAAGCGAAGAAAUGGUCAACUAUUUUCAAGAUUUCUUUGUCGAGGUUGAUAUGGUGGAACUCGGAUAA